CGGCCUCGUACCCGGAAGUUGUACACGCCGCGAAACAUCAGCAACUCAAACCAUAGAAGUUUUACAAGACGAGUAAGCGAUAGAAAAGAAGGGAAGGUGCCUACCAGAGUGGAUGGAGGUUUUGGUUUUGUGUCUGUAGUGUGCAGGGGUUGUAAUGCAGCGGAGUAAAGCCUCUGUGAGUGUGGAAGUGAAGCAGGUGAUUGGAACUCUGUGUAAACUGCUAGCGACCACCGGCCUGGACGCUGUCCCCGCACCAGAGACCUUCAGACGAGCAAAAUUCGGUGGUGGACUCGAGGUGGAAGGUCAGUUUUGGCAUCUCCUUUCCAAUAUCCUUCAGAGAACUGGCAUUGUUUCCUCUGCAGCCAGCAGACAGCCAAGAGGAGACUCAGAGCACAGGAAGCUGGUGGCUGCAGGCCUCUGGCAGAAUGGUUACCAUGCUGACUGGAUGUAUGAGACGGAGGUAGGAGAAGGAGAGGAGAGGAGGAGUUUCUCCAGCAGAGAUCUCCUCCUGGCUCUAGGCUGGCUGCUCGCUACAGGAGCACUAGAGAAACUGCUGACACAGCGAGUUCAGCAAUUAGACAAAACGCUACUUGCAUCUAUACCUGUGGAUACUCAGGUUUCUCAUGAUCUCCAGUUAGACUUGACCUACCUGCGGAGACUUCAGUGGCUCAUUGGCUAUUUGAGACAUCAAGGGAGAAUCCUUCUGUCCAUGCUAGAGGAGCGAACUCGGUUGCUUCAUGCU